GCCAGGCUCCGCUCGACCUCGGCCUGCGGGUGCCUCCGGGGUCUGGCGCGGGCAGGCGGCCCAGGGCCCCGCUCCAGCGGGGCGUUUCCCUCGUCCGCGGGGCUGUGUCACCGAUUACCAGCGCUUCCAUCACAAUCCUCUGGCCUGAAUCUGGGCCGUCAGCAAAAUCUAGAGGCCUUGAGCAGCCCAGGCUGGCGGGGGCCUCACCGCCGGUCUCAGGCCACUCCUGAUCCAGUUACACUCCAGGCCGGUGCCCCUCCCGCGUGUGGUCACACUCGCCAGCAGAGAAUUGUGGGGUUAAGAGCCAGGAUGCGCUCCUCCGCCUCUGAUGCAGAAUUUGAUGCAGUGGUUGGAUGUUUAGAAGACAUUAUUAUGGAUGAUGAGUUCCAGUUAUUGCAGAGAAACUUCAUGGACAAGUACUACCAGGAGUUUGAAGACACAGAAGAGAAUAAACUCACCUAUACCCCCAUUUUUAAUGAAUAUAUUUCCCUGGUAGAGAAGUACAUCGAAGAGCAGCUGCUGGAGCGCAUCCCAGGCUUCAACAUGGCAGCCUUCACAACAACACUGCAGCACCAUAAAGAUGAAGUGGCUGGUGACAUCUUUGACAUGCUGCUCACAUUCACGGAUUUUCUGGCUUUCAAAGAGAUGUUCCUGGACUACAGAGCAGAGAAGGAAGGGCGAGGACUGGACUUAAGCAGUGGCUUGGUCGUGACUUCUCUGUGCAAGUCUUCUACGCCAGCUUCCCAGAACAGCCUUCGGCACUAGGCAUCGCCUGCAGACGGGGGGUGUGGUCGCAUAGGCCACCAGGCCAGCAGAUGCAUCUUGCAAAGACCAACUGUGCCACGGCCCUUCAUUCAUGUGAAGUAUUGAUGAGGCCUGGAAAACAUGACUGGCCCUUGUCCAGGAACACCACCUUCUUGUAGUCAGUAGCCCUCGUGUUCACCACUCCACUCCCCCAUGCAAAUGCCCCUCCCAGGUGCUUCUGAGGGACACCCCCCCCACCCCCCCCCGUGUUGGCACCUCACCUGGGGGCCCUUCCUCAGCAACAUGGUAGUGUAGCGUGUCAACACCAUCAUGAGCCCUUCAUCCCAGCAGGCUUUACAUGAGUUUUCGUGUUCCCACAGCUGUUUUCACGUGGGUCAGUUUCAGUCCUGAGCUUCAACGGGGGUGGGGUGGAGGGUGGGUAGGGAGUGUUUAUCUAGGGAGUUACAGGCCAGCUACCUGUCCUGGUUUCUGAAUCUCCUAUGAUUACAGCUUGAGAGUGGCUGUAGGAAUCGAUUGAGAGAGAUGUUCUCUACCCCGCUCUUACAUUAGCAGUCCUUUCAACAGCGAAUUCUGCUGGUUUUGAUGUAUGUAGUCCCACUGUUCUUUAAGUCUCUAAGCAUUAUUUCAAGAAACAUAUUUUUAUAGAUGAAAACUCAGGCUAACCUAGUGAGUAUGAUCUUGGAAUGCCCAUGAUCAACCACUUAAAGAUCAAAGUAUUAUAUGCUGUGUGCUUUUUAGUUGUGAGUGCUGCGAGUGUAAAUCUUUCUGAUUAGUGCCCUUCUUCCUGGGCACCAGUACAAACAGGCUAUGUGCUAGAAAUAGGCUGCUCUGUCACAACAGCAUGCUAAGUGUGUUUGUGCAUGUUUGUCUGCCGUCCCACAGGACAGCAUGCUAGCUGUGCUUGUGCAUGCUCCUCUGCAGUCCUUUGUGUAGGCCAGUGAGCUGGCUUUCUGCAGGAGUCCCAAGUUGAUGCUCUCCUCAUCCCGCUCCGCCAGGGGGUGGGGGGGAGCAGUACAGUUUUCUGGUCAGCUGUCACCUUAGGUGGAUUGUCACCAACAAGAAAGCAUGUGUGUCACUUCUCAAGAAAGAAGAAAAUAGUUCAAUUCCUAAUGUACUUUUGACUUUAACUUUUAUAGUAAAAGUAAGAAUCUACACUGA